AUGACAAAAGACGGCGAAAACAGUGCCAGUGAUGUGGUUGAAUCUGAUGAAAACAAUGCCGGUGUGGUAGCAAGGGACAGUGAAAAAAAUGUUAUUGAGACAGACAGUGUACGAUCUCGAAAACGAAAAAGAAAACGAUCUCCGUAUACAUCCGAAUCGGAACUUGAAUCUGAUGAUUCUGCGCGCACAAAAAAUAAACGGAGAGAACGUAGGUCAAGGCUGGAGGAAGAGAAUCUACGACUGAUUGCUUUGCUUACUCGACGAGAACGGGCACCGAUGGACCUCGUUAAAUUCGAUCCAAAAACGACGGACGCCACUGGCUGGGCGAAGAUGGUUGAUGAAUGGAUUCGACGUUACAAACCGGACGAUUGGGAAGUCGUCCAGCAUCUGGCUAAAGCGUUCAAGGACGAAGCAGCUCAGUGGUUCACCGGUAUGGACCCUUCUGGAAAACGCUGGACUGAAAUUCGUGCUGAAUUUAUGAGCGCGUAUGCAAAGAACAAAAACGCCGCUUCAGAACUCCAUUCGAUUUGGACCGACGACGCCGAGUUCACGCUCGAGAAUUUCAUGAAGAGGGGGAGGAAGAUCAAAGCGUGGCUCAAGGAACGGAAAUCGGUGGACGAGACCGCUACCCAACUGACUGGAUUGUCGUACUCGUUCCGGAACCGAUUUGUGCAAAAUAUUUUCGUACGCGAAUCACCUCGCAACCUACAAGAGGCAAUGUCGUACCUCGAUGGAAGAACGACCGAUCACCAUCGACCGCGUGCAUCCUUCGGAGCCCCUGGUCCACACACUAGGACUCCGACGCCGCGAGAUGGGAAGUCGCACCGUUCGGAUAUCGAGUGCUACAGUUGCGGAAGGAAGGGACAUCGUCAGGCCGAUUGCAGAUCAUCCUCGAAGUCACACAGCAGCAAGUCACGGGACGGCAAGGGCGCGUAUUUCAAGAAGGCGUUGACCUGUUACAACUGCAAGGAAGAGGGUCACAUCUCCACGAACUGUCCAAAGAAGGAAGAGAAAAUCACUGCUCGUUGGUAA